GGUAACCUUAGUCCGUCUUAGCCAGAGAAGACCGACUAAGCUCACAUCAUUGCCGCCUGAACGUGCAAACUGCUCUUGUGGACAACUGUGUAUCCGUACCCAGCGGACGAAAUGGAUAGCAGCAGCAGACCACUCGGUUUACCCGGGCAUACCCCCUCACCUCUCCCGGUCGGUGGGUUGCAGGUAGCCUCUUCUCUGUUGCGACCCCCACCUCUGUUUCUCCGAGCAGCAGCCGCUGCCGCCUGCUGCCCUCCCCUGGAAAGAGGGUAUCCCCGGACCCCGAAGUGUGCCAGAUGCCGAAACCAUGGCGUCGUGUCCGCUUUGAAAGGGCACAAGCGUUUCUGUCGCUGGCGGGACUGCGUGUGCGCAAAGUGCACUCUAAUUGCCGAAAGGCAGAGGGUCAUGGCUGCACAGGUAGCUCUACGGAGGCAACAGGCACAAGAGGAGAGCGAGGCCCGAGAACUGCAAUUUAUGUAUCCUGGGACUGGAUCGAGUGAGACAGGACUAACCAUGGGAGCCCCUGUGGUUGGUACAGGACCAGGAGGGUCAGGGCUGGUUAAUACCAGACCAAGAACACCGAGUUAUGAUGUAUUCGGCAUGGACGAACAGAAAGAGGGCGACAAGAUACCCAAAUACAACCUGUUCAACGGAUUUAUGGGGCGUCCUAUAUUUGCACCCCACUCACUGCCCAUGUCCUCUCCUUUGGAGAAGAGCGACUCCACGUCACCUCUAGAGAAAACCCGCACGGUUUUGGAUAAAGAAAGUGGCAUUCGUUCACCUGGCUCUGAUCAGCUGUCCGAUCAACUGGAAAGUCCAAGAUCACUGUCUUCAUCGGACUUAGAAUCCGGCAGCGAAUCGGAGCGGCAAAAGGACUAUCCAUCCCCUGAGCUGAACCCACCUGCUGCCUCAUCCAGACAUCGCGACCCCACUGAUGUCAUGACAAAAAUCUUCCCUCACCAUAAGCGGGACACUCUGGAGUCGGUGUUGAAGAAUUGCAAGGGCGAUAUUGUUAAAGCAAUCGAACUGGUCCUCACCUCCAAAGAGAACAAAUGCAACUCGGAGAGCACCAGUACCGCGAUAUCCGAGCAUUCAAGUCUACAGAGAUCUACAGGUUUUGGACUUCCCGGAGGUUCGCUUGGUACACUCAGCGCCAAGUCAGCGUUUUCUCCACUGCAGACGACCACAACUUCAAUAGGAGGCGACAGCAUUUACGGGUUGAGUCCCCGGUUCGGAAUCAGCCCUCUGCGCCUGGCUUACUCGACUUCUGGAGGGGGGAUAACUAGUUUUAUGUCACCUUAUGUGACGUCUGGGUUAGUGCCGGCCUUUCCACUUCGCCCGCCGAUGGACUAUUCAUUACCGGGAAUGAUGCGAGAUUUCUCUUACCUCCAGAAUAAGGAUUCCUUGUGUAAUACAGGCAUUUAUUCUCGUCUAAAUCACGAUAAAUAAUAACAAUUCAAACGGUUUCCCCUGCGUUCAACAGUUUGAAACACUUAAAUAUUUUAGAAAUAACAUGUGCCUUACCCUGACAGUUUUUCACCAACAUAUUAAUUGUUGGAAA